UGGUAUUUCAAUUUCAAUUUCAAUUAUUACAUCAACCCAUCAGCCAUUAAUUCUCUCAGUUCGAACUGUACAGAAUCAAAAAUCAAAACCCAGAGCCAGAUAUAAACAACGAGGGCCCUUCAAUUUUUGAGCUGAGAAGGGCCUGAAAUUUGGGGCAGUUUCUGAGGAAAAUGGACGAUUAUACGAGAGAAAUGAUGGAUUUGAAAACCCUGGUCACUCGUACUCUCGAGAAGAAAGGCGUUCUUGCCAAGAUCCGGGCUGAACUGAGAGCUAGUGUGUUUGAAGCGAUAGAAGAGGAAGAUAGAGUGGUGGAGAAAGAAGAAGGACUGCCUCCUGCACUUUUGGGUAGCUGCAAUGACCGUGCAAAGCAACUUCACAACUCUCCUUCAGGAAGGCUUCUAACUGCACUGAUAUGUGAAUAUCUGGAUUGGGCUCAAUUAAACCACACAUUGAAAGUUUACUUACCAGAGUGUAAUUUGCCAAAGGAUUCAUGGAAAUCAGAGUUAAAAGAAUUUAGCAGCAAGAAUGGAUACGAUCUUAAUCGGAACGGAGAUAGUGGGCCUUUGCUUUUGGAUGUUCUUGAGGGGUACUUAAAGUAUGAGAAUUUAUCUCAAGGAAGGGGUAGCAAUAGGAGAUUGACCACUGCAGAUGCCGAAUCUCUACCCAACCUGGAAGCUCGAAACAUGAGGAGACCUUCAUCAUCAUCGGUUGCAGGAGGUUUACCUCCACUAGGAAGGCCUCUUCCUGUUUCACAAUCAUCCGAACGUCGAGGCGGGUCAUCUACUUCUGGCUACCGGAAGGAAGAAUACAAUUGGAGAUAUGAUAAUGAAGAACUUCCAGAAGACGUAAUCCGUGCUUCAGCUGCUUUGGAAAAUCUGCAGUUGGAUAGAAAAGCCCGUAACUUAACCACUUCUUGGAGGCAUGCUGGGGAUGGAAUUUCUGAUGAAGCCAGCAGAGUAGACCACAUGUAGUCAUAUGAUCUUUCCUGACUAAGUUUGCUCGUUUUUAUUGAUCCAACAAUGUUUUCCUGGCAAUUAAUUCCAUGUAAUAUCAACAUGUGUUUGUGCAUUUGCUGUUUUAGUGAUUUUUAAAGCUUUCUCUCUUUUCCUUGCCUUCAUUCUCGCUUUACUCAUUUUGGUUGUUCUUUUUUGCUGUUUUCUCCUUUUUAUCUUAACCGUAGCGUGAAGAUUGUAUUUACACAUUACUGAUUAUUGCUCUCAGCCGAAUGUGUGGCUUAUUAUUGAUUUGCCUA